UAGAUUUCGACAUCUCGAAUCGACUGUUAUCAGAGAUUAAGGAUGCAGACAGGAUCAAUCUAUUAAAUUGGUUAGAAUUGAGUAGUUCAGAGGUGUUGGCAUAUUUGAAGCGUAAAUUGUGGAAUAAUCUUCGAAUUGAUAUGCUUGAGAUUUUUUCCGUUAUACCAAAAUCAAUAAGACGAGCAGAGAAUGUAGACGAAAUGCGGGCGACGAAUUAG